GUUGAUCAGUGUCGUGCGUGUAGCCGAAACGUUUGGUCGAACGGUCGUCUCGCGGGCGUUUUCAGCGGCGGAGCAGACCGCACAAGUACCGGAGUCAACCGGAAUAUAUCGCUGCUCUCGUAUAAGCGGCGUGAGGGAGAAAGGAGAGUGUGAGAGAAAAAGAAAGAGCGAUUCACGGCAUCCCGCGCGAAGCGUUAAGGUCGCGUUCCACCGCGUUCCACGCGGAGCGGUGCAAGAGAGUGUGUUGUCUAACGCGAGUGUGAAGUGUCCGCACCGCGGAAACCGGGUACGUGCGGUUUCCGCGCUGCGGAACGUUUCCUGCGUAAACCGCUAUGUAGCGGCCGGCGGUGUAAAUGAAGCGGCGUAUACCGCGCUCGCAUAUCGAGAGGAGGGUAUCGUCCGCCGUAACCGCGGCUGCGGCGACUUCUGCGGCGGCAGCGGCGACGGCGGCGGCGGGGGCGAUGGGAAUGGCGCGCAAAUGCUGCGUUGAUAGCUGCAAGACGGACGUGCGGGAGGCACGCGCCAAAGGAUUGCCGCUACAUAAGUUCCCCAAGGACACCGCGCUAAGGGACAGGUGGUUGGCCAGCGGCGGCUUCGAGACGAAUUUCAAGCCGACGCCAGGCCAGGUCGUCUGCCAUAGGCAUUUUAAACGUGCCGACUACGAGACCGCGCGGGGCGGUCACAAGCUCUUGCUCAAGCGGGGCAGUAUACCCACGAUUUUCGCGGACUAUGACGAUCAUCCCGAUCCUGUUAUCAUGUCGGUGAAGUCUUCAACAUCGUACGCUCAAGAAGAUUUGGACCUGAUCAAUUCGGAAAUACUAAAUUUGGAACAUUCUGCCUCACCAUUAUUAUCUGAGGCGAGAACACCUAAAUCCGACAGUUGCGGUGAAACGUGUUAUUCCAGACCUGAGUCGUCAGCAGACUCCUUAAAUCUCCCUGAUAACUCGGACGUAACAGAUAAUGAAUACAAAAUGAUAAAUUCGAAAGAAGAAAGAAAAAUAUCCGAGACGGAUAAACCGAGCAAAAAUUCGGAUAAUAAAGUGAAUACAGUAGCGAUGCAACUUGGUAUCGUCGAGCCAGAAACGGAAAUGAAGACUAGUGCCAAAGAUCUAAUAGCAAAGGAGGAAUUAAAAUUAUCUGGCAACAAGGAAUUCGACAAAUCGGAAGAAUUGAAACCAAAGGUUUUAAAUCGUGGUGAUUUGAAAUUUUUUCCUGGUGCCAAAUUGGAAGCGAAAGACUUUAAUGAUAAGUGGUAUUCUGCAAAAGUGGUAGAAACAGAUUGGGACGAGAGGGAAGUUUUAAUACACUUUGACAAAUGGAGUUCGAGAUUUGAUGAAUGGAUACCAAUGGACAGUUCCAGACUACGUGUAUUGCAAACCCCACAAAACGAACAGGCUUGGAUUCCGCCAUCUCCGGAAGUGAAGAUGAAAGAAUUUUCGGUGGGCGAAAGGAUACUUGCUACGUGGGCGGAUGGCAAAAAAUAUCCAGCCAAAGUGAGCGCGGUCCUGACGAAUGACAGGUAUAACGUACUUUUCGACGAUGGAUACGCAAAGAUCGUCAAGUCGUCGAAAAUGACCAAGAUCGCUGGAAAUUCAAAGCAAUUAAGUGAACUGGAUGGAUAUAUUGGCAGUAAACAAGAAAGAAGGGAUAAGAAAAGGAAACAUACAGUUAUGGAGUUGUUUAACACUCACUCAAGGAAACGCACGAAACAAGAUAUUGACAAAACACCAAAAAAGGAGGAGACUGUCGUCAAGGAAAGUGGAGAAACCUCUUCAGAGAAUAAGAUCGAGAUGGAUGGUACCCAAUACGGUCCUUGUUAUGACCCAGGAACAGAUUUGUUGAAAGGUUUUGAAACUAAUCCCUCAAAAAUCAAAUCAUAUUCAAAGAAAAGCAAGAAAGAAGUACCCAAGGUUGAAACGGAUCAAAUUGAAGAAAACGUUGGUCCUGAAUGGAUUGAUGGAGAACCACAAGGAACAGAAUCUUAUAUUGUAGAUGGCAAUGAUGGGCCUCGCCGAUCUAUAAUAGUACCAGACAAGAGAUUGCCUCCUGGUUGGGAAAAACACUUUACACAGAGAAAAGCUGGCUCAUCUGCUGGAAAAUGGGACGUCUUGUUUAUACAUAAACAGACUGGGAAGAAGUUCAGAUCGAGAAAUGACAUCAGAAUAUUCAUGGAGAAUCAAGGGCAGUACGACUUUGACCCCGAAAAAUUCGACUUCUGUAUACAUCGCAGAAAACGAAACCACCUGCAUCGUGUGAAACAGGAAGUUGCAUCAGAAGUUACACCAAAGAAGAUCAAAACCUUAUUGCCUAAAACAAAAACACCUGAGAAUACAUUACUUACGACGGUGACUAAUAUCGACACUACACCAGUUACCUCCAUGUCUAGUACAUCUACGGAUGGUGAGAUGAUCUAUUCUGUUUUUAUUGGACUUCGUGGUGGACUUCGUGUAGAAAUGGAAGACAACGCUUAUAAAUGUCCCAAAGAAGGAUGCAAUAAAAAUUUUCGGAAAGAAAAUUUGCUGCAAAUGCAUAUCAAACAUUAUCAUCCUGAAUAUUCCAAAUUUCUGGGCUCUACUCCAAAAGUUGAAGAUUUAGCUUAUGCAAGAACGAUCGGGGAAUCUAUAGAAGAUAUAAUUCCUAAAAAACCGACAUUCAUGGAGAAAAUGAAUAAAUCUGCGAAAAAGAAAUCUCUUCCUGAAAAAUCGCCAUCUACUUUAUUACAAUCAACAUUAAAUACUAUGCAACCAACAUCUCCGUCAAUACCUGGUCCAGUGAUGCCAGAAGAAGAGGAAAUGGAUCAAUUAACAAAGUGUAAUGAUUCGCAGAAGGAGGAUAUGAAAAUUGAAACAAUGUCACCUAUAUCUAAUCACAGUACGGAGAUAGAUGAAGAUAUUGAAAAGAAAAGGGAGAAUGUCUGUGCAUUGUCUCCUGGUACAUUAUUUGACAUGAAAGUAAAAGAAGAAAAAGCGCAAGGUGGCAUUAAAACUCUGUUGCCUGUAAGACCAGUCGCAGCAUCGGAGGUGCAAAGGACCGAUAGGACAAAACCUCUAGAUGAUAUGACGCACGGUGAGCGCGCAAAAAAUCAGAAAAAAAGGCUUACUGAACAUAAUGUGGAUUUGUCAGUUAAAACAAAGAAGCGACAUGGUAUGCCAGAUCUUACCGAUAGUUUCGGUGAUUUAGACGACAGUGCUAUGGACGUCGAAGGACCUACGGCACUUAUGUAUAGAUAUAGCCGUAGAAAAUCCGAUUCAAAGAGCGACGAAAAUAGCCAGAAUAGUCAACUAAAUGAUUCACGCAUUGAUAAAGCUGAUCCCCUAAAAGGGGAUGCAAUCAAAACAGAUAUUAAUAAUGAUGCAGAAGAAAGUGAAGGAGUGAUGAUGAUGAUCAAUGGCGAACUGGUAAAAGUAGAACAGCUUCGAAGAGAAGAAAUAAUAAAUUGCACGUGUGGUUUUAUGGAAGAGGACGGUUUGAUGAUACAGUGCGAUCUCUGUCUCUGCUGGCAACAUGGUCAUUGUAAUUUCAUUGAAAAGGAAAAGGAUGUUCCUGAAAAAUAUAUUUGUUACAUAUGCCGAAAUCCACAUCGACAACGGCCUUCUAAGAAAUAUUUUCACGAUCAGGACUGGAUUAAGGAAGGAAAAUUGCCAAGUUUACCUAAUCGAACUCGAAAUCAGUAUAUGAUCAAUCAAAGGAUUGCAAUGUUGAAGCGUUCUUAUGACUUAGUUGCUGCACUUUUACAAAUCCAACAACUUCUUCAUAGUUUGCGUGUAAAAAUCAACGUAGCACAAAAGAAAGAUCAUCCGAAACUAUAUCUUUGGGCCAAGAAUUGGGAAAAAAUGGAUAUGUCAAAAAUAGAUAUGGAACCAGUACCAGUAAUGGAAAUAACUAAAGUGGCAAGUUUUACUAAUACAGGUUCGGAAAUUCCGCGACGUGUCGAGACAAAGACUGAUAUCAAGUUGUCGAAGGAUGAUCAAGAUGAAAAAUCGAUCGCUUCUGAUUCGGAAUUGAUGAAAAUUUUGGAAGAGGAUAGCACACAUUCUGAUGAAUCCAGGAUUAUCAAGAAGGAAGGCUUGAAUUCGAAAGACAGCCAUAUACUUUUAGACGCAUUAACGAGUAGUAAUUCAGACAUAAAAGAAAAGGACAUUACUACGUCAGACAUUAAAGCGGAAGAAGCAGAUUUGUUAGCUGACAAAACUAUUAUUGCUAAUCCUGUACCUGAGAAUCUCAAUUCUGGAUCGCUUAUUAUCGACAACGUACAACAAGAAACUAGUAUAACCGUCGAGAAUGAAGUCUCCGCACUUCCGCAGCCUUUUAUACCAGAGCCCGAAGCACCGAUUGAUCCAGCCGAAUGCCGAAUGCGAUUGUUAGAACAUAUUGAGCAUUUUCAAUGUCACAUUGAUUCGAGAUUAACAUCCAUAGAAACGCAAAUUUUUGCUCUAGAGGCAAUGGACCCGGAUGAACUUGUAUCAGAUCCGCUUGUACAACCUCGUACUAAGCAGACGGUCCAGAUGCUCCUUCGUGACUUGAACACAGUCCGAAAAUUGGCAGCAUUAUGUUGAAGACAGUUCUCAAACUUGAGAGCAUAAUGUAUUUUUAUGUAUAUAGAGGAUAGCUAGGUAAUAUAUAUGUAUAUAGAUAUAUAAUAGAUAUUAGGGAUGCACCAUUGUAAAAUUAUCGGAUAUCGAAUAUCCGAAAAGAAUGUAACAUCAGACAUUCGGUUGAAUAUCAGGGAAGGCAACUUUCCAAAUUGGAUAUCCGACCAGAUUCCGAGACAAUGUCUUCUUUAAAAAAAAAUCUGGACAAAAAA